AUGCCGGCUCUCGAUGUUCAAAAUCCAGGCGUCUCAGCCGUUGCCAGUUUUGGUUCGCUCUUGGAUCAAUUCCUUGAUGAGGCAGCAGCGAUAAAACCAACAGCCACCAUCGAACCGACACUCAAACAAUCAAACUUCGACAACAUAUCUAGUCGCGUAUCAGCUUGUGUAUCCAGCCAUGUCGCUGCCGGGCAGAAUGACGAAGGCUCUAGCCCCCAGGAGCCAGCAACAGCGAAGCAAUUCGCCAUCAUUGAGACAGCUGCGCGACAUCUCUUUGCCAAGUUGAUUGCUGUAACCCGAAUCGAAUCGCCCGAAUUCGUCAAGAUGUGGAAUCUACUCGACAUUUUGUCAAUAUUGUCCGAUGAUGGCCAAUGCGAUCCGGCCCUCUUGUUUUGGCUCGUCGAAGAACUUCUCGAUAGCCAGACCAUAUCUGGAUGUCGCAUUGUAUUUGACUACCUCGAGUCACGCCGUGAGCGCAUUACAGCAAAACACUUCAAGCAAAAACACCUCGUCAUUCUCCGAAGCUGCAACGAACUUUUACGUCGUCUCUCAAGAGCUGAGGAUACGGCAUUUUGCGGAAGGGUCUUCAUAUUCUUAUUUCAGAGCUUCCCCUUGGGUGACAGAAGCUCCGUGAAUCUUCGAGGCGAAUAUCACGUAGAAAACGUCACCACUUUCGAAGAAGCCACGGAAGAGGACCAACAACAGCAAGAGUCAAAAAUGGAUGUCGAUACGCCGGCGGAGACUCCCAGGUCAUCGACGGAAGCCAAAGCGUCUGCCAAGGGCGUCAGCUUCGACUCCAAGGACUCACAAAAGACCUACGAUCCAAGCACCCUUUACCCUCUGUUUUGGUCUCUCCAAGAAAGCUUCAGUCAACCGCUCAAACUGUUUGACCCUUCCCAUUUCGCAAAGUUCAAGAGUAGUCUGGAGAAUACCAUGAAGGCAUUCCAAGCCAUUCAUCAUAGUGAAGGGUCAUCAAGGUCAUUGGAAAAUUCAAGGAGAAAUCUGAAACGAAAGAGAGAAGAAGAAGGAACCGAAGAUGCUCCCGAAGCAUUUAACCCAAAGUACCUGACCAGCAAAGAUCUCUUCGAACUCGAGAUCAGCGAUCUCUCGUUCAGACGGCACGUCUUGGUCCAGGCACUGAUUAUUGCAGACUUCCUCCUGUCUCUUUCCCCGGGAACAAAGGAGAAGCUUGCUAGUCUCAAUGUAUCAAACAAAUCUGUCAUCUACAACGAUCAGUUGAGCGAAGAAAACACAAAAUGGGCAACGGAGAUGAAACAAACCAUAUCAGACUACCUUAAGAGGGGUAUUGACGGACCUUACUUCUACCGGAUGGUCGAGACGGUGCUAGCCCGAGACAAGAACUGGGUCUUCUGGAAGAUGGCAAGCUGUCCGCCUAUCCAGCGUGAACCCGUGUCGCCAGAGCUAUUUGUAGAAGCCAAGACGACGGUCCAAAAGUCCGCCACCAGCAAACGGCUUCGACCUACCCCUAUGGGUUCAGUACCACUCGAUUUUCUUCGGGACACAGACGACGAUUCUUCCUUGGACCAGCUCAAGACGGCGGAGAGAUAUCAACUUCCCGAACUCGAAAGCUUUCAGAGAAAGAUUGCCGACGACGACUUUGAAAUCGACAUGCCAACCAACGAUCAAACCAAAGCUGCAGCCAUAGCCGGCAAAGCCAGUAAAAGCUGGCGGGCGCUAAGAAUAGCAGCCCGUUCAAAAUUAGCAGCCUUUGAUAAAAUUGACGACUCCAAGAAAGUCGACAUUAUUUUCAAAGAGCUCGACGAUGAAGAUCAAGACGUAGACGACGAGGAGCAAGCAGCUCCCGAGGCUGACAUGCCCGAAGAUCGCAGCCCCAUCAUCAUCUCUGGUCCCAGAAGCGUCGGCAAGUCCGCUCUGGUCGCCAAGCUCCUCGAGCAGCACAAGGGCGUCUUCGCAACUGUUGUGCGGCACACGAUCCGAGAACCAGCAGAAGGCGAGGUCAAAGGCAAGGACUUCCACUUUGUCACAACCCAGGAAUUCAACCAACUACGCGAUGGAGAUCGCCUAAUCGAAUAUGGCACCCGGGACGGCAGCGAAUACGGCACAAGCAGCAAGGCUAUUGACGUGAUUACCGAGUCUGGCAAGGUGCCCAUUAUAGAGCUAGACCUCGAGGCCGCUCAAUUCGCCAAGGACAUGGACUUUUCAGCCCGCUACAUCCUCAUCAAACCGCCCCCCACAGAAUCCUACCAGACACGCCUCUCAUCAUCUGGAGUCGACGACACCGCCAUCCAAGACAUUAUAUCCAAACUCCCCGAUGAACUAGACGAGUCAAAAACCUCAGACCUCUUUGACAAAAUCAUCACCAAUGAAGAAGAAUUGGACGAUGCCGCCGACGCACUCAGCGAAUACACCUUCUCAAAGGGAGACCAAACGAAUGGCGAGGAGACGAAAGCCACUGAAGGCGAGGAUACCAGGGGUGAGAGUCAGGAUCAAACAGGCGAUGAAGCAGCGUCGACUAUCGUUGUGGCGACAACUACGGGGACUGAAGCCGAUGCGAAUGGAGGAGAUGGGGAUGAGAGCAUGGAGGAUGUGCCUGCGGAGAAGGCUGAGGCAAACGAUGAUGAGGAACUAUCAGACUACAAACCACAACAAUACAAGUCGUUUGACGACACGAAAAGUCUACUUUUUGCUCCUCUCAACUUCCCUUAUACAGCAUGA